AUGUCCGACAGACCUGAAGGGCACAAGCGCUCCCGGAGCGCCCUGGCGCUUGCCCUCCUGCAUCGCGACAAGUCCAAGGGCGAAGACAAGGACGCAGACGAUACAACCGACAACUCUUCUACCGGCACUGCCUCGUCGAAUGGCUCGCCGCUUGCCCACAACCGCAGCAACAGCCGCAGCCGCCUGAGCCGAAAGAAGACCGUCUCCCCUCCUGAACCCCUCCUCGAGCAUAUCCCCACCAACACGAGCUACCCAAGUGUUGACGGCGACGCCAGCGUCAACGCCAUGGAGCAAGUGCCCUCCGUCACCGUGAACGAGAGCGGCAGCUUGUCACUCGACCAGUCCGUGCGGACCUUCCGUUUGUUCGAGAUCCUCAGGAGCGGUGACACUACUGCCAUCUCCAAGGCUCUCAAGGAGUCUAGCGAUCCCCAAGUGGCAAGUAACUUGUAUGGUACUACCAUCCUCCACCUGGCCCUACAGUGUGCGGAGCCCCAGGUCGUCGAGUUCGUACUCUCCUCAAGCGAGGAUCUGGAUAUCAAUGCGCGAGACCGUGAGGGCAACACCCCACUCCACCUAGCGGCACAGCUCGGCCGUGUCGCUCUAGUCAAGGACCUGCUGAGUCGGCCAUCCGUCAACGAUGCGAUUGUCAACUACCGCGGCCAGACGGCACUCGACGUCGCCCGCACGCCGGAGAUCUUCCAGCAGCUCCAGCUCGCUCGCUCCCUCUUCAUCGACAGCAAAACGCAGGAGAUCCAAGAUCUGAUCGCCAAGGGUGAUUACGAUAACCUGGAGAAGUUGCUCGAAGAACCCCGGGUCGAGGGCAUCAUCGAUGUCAACAGCCUGGACCUGGUCACGGAUCGGACUACUGCGCAGACUGGCGGUACCUUGCUCCACGAGGGAGCUCGCAACAGGAAUGUCCAGCUCAUUGAGCUUCUCCUGACGCAUGGAGCGGAUCCGUUCCGCCGCGAUAAGAAGGGGAAACUGCCGCAAGAUAUUACCAAGGAUGACAAGACCCGCGCUAUGCUGAAGAAGUCACCGGCUGCGGCGAUUGCCCAGCGUGGAAUUCAGGAGAAGGCUAUUCUGGGGAACAGCAAUGCUCAGGGAUUGUCGGGUCGUGUGUCGAUUGGAGAGGCACCCCUGGCUGGUAAGGAUGCUCGUGAGAUGAAGGGUUAUCUGAAGAAGUGGACCAACUACACGAGUGGUUAUAAGUUGCGGUGGUUUGUUCUGGAGGAUGGCGUAUUAAGCUAUUAUAAGCACCAGGAUGACAUCGGCUCUGCCUGCCGUGGAGCUAUCAACAUGAAGAUUGCUCGGUUGAACAUGGACGCUCAAGAUAAGACUCGCUUUGAAAUUCAUGGCAAGUCCUCAGUCAAGUAUCACCUCAAGGCGAACCAUGUUGUUGAGGCAAAGCGCUGGUUCUGGUCAUUGAACAAUGCCAUCCAGUGGGCCAAGGAUGAAGCCAAGGAGGAGGAGAGGCAGCGUUCGCAGAACGCGGAGGCCCUCCGCCAGGCAAAGAUCGACCAGAUCGAGGAUCGUUCAACAAGAACACCCUCUGAGUCUGGUCUGAGCCACAAGCCUAGCACGAAGGGCUUAGCUCCUCUAUCUCUGAGUGUUCCUGGUGGUAGUAUCACGAGGCUUAGUACCCAUGCUUCGCGGACUACUCUUGAAACCACUCUUGCAGAUGAAGAUAGUUCUGUCUAUGGCUCUGUUGAUCAGAGUAUCUCUCCAAACGACGUAAACCGUGUGACCAGCCACGUUCCGAGUGGUCCAGAUGGAGAAGGCGAAGACGAGGAUUAUGGGGACUAUGCUUCCAGUCAUGAGGACGCGCCAAAUGAGGACAAGGAUGCGCUUAACAUCACCGCGCAGUCUACCAAGCUCCAACUAGAUCUCCUGGCCAACGUUGCCGCAUCUCUGCAGGCCGAACGGGCCAAGAAUCCUGAAAUGUCGAUUUCCGACCCCGCAGUCGAGCAGGCUUUGGGUGCUUAUGAGGCUGCUGUCAGCAGUCUCAAUGGCCUGGUGCAAAAUCUUCUCAAGAUCUCGCGAGAUCGCGAUUCCUACUGGCAGUACCGGUUGAACCGGGAGGAGUAUCUCCGACAAAUGUGGGAAGAGAGUAUGGCCCGCGUCGCACAAGAGCACGAGGAGCUGCAAUCCAGAAUGGGUGAGUCUGAGGAAAAGCGCAAGCGGACUAAGAAGGCUCUGAAGGAGGCUCUUGAGAAUGCAACGGCGAGUAGCCGCUCGAUGAGUGGCCCGCCAUCUCGCAUGCCGAUGGAUGGCUCUGCGACUAUGGAGUCCAGCCAGCCUCAGAUUCGAGAGUUGAAACUUACCGCGAGAGAUGAGCAGCCCGGCCAGGCUCCUAUCGAGCCUACUCUCGUCCGUAAGCCGUCGGUCCUAUCGCAGAUCAGCAGCUUGUACGGCUCUGAAUCGGACGGAGACGAGUUCUUUGAUGCGAUCGAUGCAGGCGAGAUCGAGGUCGAGGAACUCCAGGAGAAUGAGGAAGCAGAAGAGCCUCAGAAUGAGAGUGCUCAGGCUCGCGCAAGCAAGCUUGUGGUGGUCAGGGGUUCUUUCAAGGGUUACGAAGAGCCUGUGCGCCAGCGUCUGAAGAUGGAUAAUGAUGAUCGGCCUAAGAUUUCCCUCUGGGUGAGUAUUUCCGACUGCUUUGAUGUGCACUGCUUGUCCUUCAACGAGCCUACUUCCUUGCUGCAGCGUGUCGCGGAGGAUCUGGAGUAUACCGAUCUUCUUGAUAUUGCUGCAGACAGGUCCGACUCUAUGGAGCGUCUUGUUUAUGUUGCCUCGUACGCUGCUAGUGAGUAUGCUUCGACGAUUGGGCGUGUAGCGAAGCCGUUCAACCCGCUGCUUGGUGAGACUUUUGAGUAUGUGCGGCCCGACAAGGGCUACCGGUUCUUCGUGGAGCAGGUUAGCCAUCACCCGCCAAUUGGUGCUGCGUGGGCUGAGUCACCCAAGUGGGAUUACUGGGGCGAGUCCUCUCUCAAGUCCAAGUUCUACGGUAAGUCAUUCGACAUCAACCUUCUCGGUACCUGGUUCCUCAAGUUGCGCCCGGUUACCGGCGGAGAGGAGCUGUACACUUGGAAGAAGGUCACCUCUUCUGUGAUUGGCAUCAUUACCGGAAACCCUACCGUUGAUAAUUACGGUUUGAUGGAGAUCAAGAACUGGACCACUGGCGAGGUUUGUUACCUCGAUUUCAAGCCUCGCGGUUGGAAGGCCUCAUCCGCCUACCAGGUCUCUGGUAAGAUCGUUGACUGCAACGGCUCGCCCCAGUGGACUAUUGGCGGUCGCUGGAAUGACAAGAUCUAUGCUCGCCACACGCCCGGCUUCGAGGCUCCCGUCUCUGGCCAGGAUCCUGAGUCGGCCAAGACACUUCUGGUCUGGCAGGCACACCACCGUCCGACGGGUUUGCCUUUCAACCUGACUCCGUUCGUCAUCACGUUGAAUGCCUUGCCCAAGGGAUUGAAGGAGCACCUGCCCCCUACCGAUACUCGGCUGCGCCCCGACCAGCGCGCGAUGGAAGACGGCGAGUAUGAUCUUGCUGCUACCGAGAAGCAUCGUGUCGAAGAGAAACAGCGCGCCAAGAGGAGAGAACGCGAGGCCAACGGCGAAAUCUAUAAGCCACAGUGGUUCAUCCGUGAUAGAUGUCCCAUCACCGGAGAAGAGUUCUGGGCUCAUACUGGCAACUACUGGGCUAGCAGAGAGGCUGGCGAUUGGAGCAGGUCGGAGGAUAUUUUCUAA